UUGAGAAGAACAUCGCACGUAUGGCGUUCUUCAGUAUACCCUAACCUCUGUUCUUGAUACAUUCAGACCACUUAUGUUAAAAACAAUACAAUAUGACAGACAACAAAUUGCGGAUACUAGCAUUACAUGGAUACACACAGUCAGAUGUGAUAUUUAGCGCUAAGUUAGGAGCAUUAAGAAAAGGGUUUAAAAAAGAAAUAGAUUUCACCUUCAUAAAAGCACCGCAUGAAGUUCCGUCAACCAAUGGAAAUGGGUAUGGAUGGUGGUUCAACACAGAGGAUCAUUAUUAUAAAGCAACAGUACCUAGUGAUUUGUGUGUAGGAUUUACUGACAGUGUAAACUUAAUAAAAAAGGUAUUUUUAGAACAAGGUCCUUUUGAUGGUAUAUUAGGCUUUUCACAAGGUGCUGCUUUUGUCAGUAUACUAUGCGCUAUGAAGAAAAAGCAAUUACUAGAAAUUGAGUUCAACUUUGUUAUUAUUAUAUCCGGCUUCAAGUCACUAUCUGUACCACAUUCUAUAUAUUAUGAUGAAGAGAUAGAUACACCAUCUUUACAUAUUUAUGGAAAGAAUGAUCAAGUUAUUCCCACAGAAAUGGCAGAACAAAUUAGUCGUUCUUUCACAAACAAAGAAGAGUUAUACCAUGAGGGUGGCCAUUAUAUACCAGGUAGAAAAGAUAUUUACAGAAAUUUUAUAAUGAAAAUGUUAGUAAAUAAAAAUUCUAUAAUGAAAAUUUUAUAAUGAAAAUGU